AUGUUUAACUCAGACUUGCUAGAUGUGCCUGCUGUAGUCAUUGACAAUGGUUCAGGAAUCUGUAAAGCAGGGCGGUCUGGAGAUAUCGCACCCCGUAUUGUUCUUAGUUCAGUUAUAGGAUAUCCUAGACAUGACAUAUAUUCUAAAAAAAAAUACAAAAGCAAGUACUCUGUUGGAGAUGAAGCUCUGGGGAAGUAUCGUUCUCUAUAUUUACACUUUCCCAUAGAACGUGGACAGGUCACAGCAUGGGAUGACAUGGAGAAAUUCUGGAGCCAUGUUCUUGAGAUAGAGCUGGAAACAAAACCUAACGAACAGCCUGUACUCCUCAGUGAGCCCUCCUUGAACCCGAGGGAGACUCGAGAAGGAAUUACUGAGUUAAUGUUUGAGAAAUUCAAUGUUCCAGGUUUCUAUCUGGCCAACCAUGCAGCAAUAGCUCUAUAUGCUUAUGCCUGUGUCACGGGCCUUGUGGUUGACAGUGGCGAAGGACUGACAUGCGUUGUCCCCAUCUUUGAGGGUUAUGCUCUGCCUCAUGCGGUCAGCAAGCUCUGUGUUGCAGGCAGAGACAUCACCGAUCGCCUGACCCGUCUCCUCCUGGCAAACAAUUACAUCUUACCUUGCAUAUUCAACAAGGCCGUAGUGGAUGACAUCAAGGAGAAGACGUGUUGCAUCACUUUGGGAUCAGAUAAAAAACUACACAAGAGAGUGGAGGAAUAUAUGCCGCCAAGACAAUACGUACUUCCAGAUGGAAAUGUCAUCUCUGUUGUGGACAGUAUGAUGAAGGUACCGGAAGUUCUUUUUUCACCUAAUAAGAUGGGCAUUAAUAAUCCAGGCCUCUCAGAAAUGGUCUCCAAUAGCAUCGCAAAAUGUGACACCGACAUCCAUAAAGACUUGUUUGCAGAAAUUGUGCUGUGUGGUGGCAGCACCCUCUUCCGGGGGCUGGAGCAACGACUCCUGAAGGAACUGGAACCGUUAGCCUCUGAAGAGAACCGCAUCAGAAUCAUCGCUUCUCCUGAUCGAUGUUUCUCUGCAUGGAUCGGCGCCUCUGUUAUGACAUCUCUGAGCACCUUCAAGCAAAUGUGGGUCACUUCUUCAGAAUUCAAUGAAUUUGGGGCCUCUAUAGUUCAGAGAAAGUGCUUUUAA